UGCGGACACAAUAGAGGAGAUGACCAGAGACUGCGGACACAUUACAGGAGAUGACCAGAGACUGCGGACACAGUUACAGGGAAUGACCAAGACUGCGGACACAGUACAGGGAAUGACCAGAGACUGCGGACACAGUACAGGGAAUGACCAGAGACUGCAGACAGGGGGACAUAGUACAGGGAAUGACCAGAGACUGCAGACAGUACAGGGGAUGACCAGAGACUGCAGACAGUACAGGGAAUGACCAGAGACUGCAGACAACAGUACAGGGGAUGACCAGAGACUGCAGACAGUACAGGGAAUGACCAGAGACUGCAGACAGUACAGCGGAUGACCAGAGACUGCAGACA